UUUGUGUCUAAUUUUGUGAAAUCUAGACGCAGCCAAACAAACAUGGCCGAGUUAUUGUUUGUGUUGCUUGUGGUGUGUUUGCGAAGUUCUUUAGCCGAGCCAGAAAAAUGCGAAAUAAGAGGUGUGGAGGGGGAGUGCGUGCCACUGCCCGCGUGCGAGCAAUACGUGGCCCUGCUGAAGAACACCUCCUCUACGGAGGAGGGCCUGCAGCUCACCGCGGAGAGGCGGUGCGGCUUGGACGUGAGGAAUGUUAAGGUCUGCUGCCCUGUGGAACCUGUGGUCCCACCACCAUUGAUAGAUUUCAAACUAAACGAGGAGGACCAGGACUUAUACGUCGACUCCUUCCCCGGCCACGACGUCUGCGGGAGGACUGAUAAAAGCCGUAUUUUGAGUACAAUCCGCAAAGUAACCGACAAAGAACAAAAACUUGGAUUCAUGUAUGUGAUAGCAAACGGUAUACCCGUACUAUUGCGUGAUAUGUCUCGCUACAUGGCGCUGCUGGGCUACAAAGUGAACUCCGACGUGCUGUGGCAGUGCGGAGGAUCGGUGAUUACAGAGAAGCACGUCCUCACUGCUGCACACUGCAUCUCAAAAUCUCUGCAUGUGGUACGGGUGGGUGAGCUCGAUUUGGCUUCCGAAGAGAAAGACGCGCAGCCCAUAGACUUCUACAUCAAGAACAAAAUACCCCAUGAGCUGUAUUCUAAAUUCCAAAAUGACAUAGCCAUAGUUGUGUUGGAUGGAAGCAUCAAAUUCAAGGAAGAACAUCACAUCGGUCCUAUAUGCUUGCCGUUGGACACUAAAAAGAAGGUUUUGCCACGUUUUGAUUUCUUUACUCAUAAGGGUACAUUUGUGGCUGGCUGGGGCGAGGCACCGGAAAAACGUGAAAGACCUACAUACCUGGCAUAUGCACAUGUGAAUAUUAUUUCUACUGACCAAUGCAAGAAACUGUACGAGAGCUCAACAAGAAAGAUAGAUGAACGUGUGUUCUGCGCUGGUGACCACCAUUUGAGACACGACUCGUGUAACGGGGACAGCGGAGGGCCGCUGGUUGCUGAAUAUUGUCCAGUCUAG